CGACUUCCGGAAGCGGAGCGCCGGAUCCGCAACGGCCAGGUGUGCGACGGCGGCGGUGGCGGGCCCGGCGGAAGCCAGGAGAGGCGAAGGCGGCCGGGCCUGGCUCCCGCGUCCCGUGGGGCACCAUGGACGAAGCAGGCAGCUGUGCGAGCGGGGGAGGCUUCCGCCCGGGCGUGGACAGUCUGGACGAGCCGCCCAACAGCCGCAUCUUCCUGGUGAUCAGCAAGUACACGCCCGAGUCGGUCCUGCGGGAGCGCUUCUCCCCCUUCGGCGAGAUCCAGGAUAUCUGGGUGGUGCGGGACAAGCACACGAAGGAGUCAAAGGGCAUCGCCUUCAUCAAGUUCGCACGCAGCUCGCAGGCCUGUAGGGCCAUGGAGGAGAUGCAUGGCCGGUGCCUCGGCCCCUAUGAUACCAAGCCCAUCAAGGUUUUAAUUGCUCAGUCCAGAUCAUCUGGAAAUCACCGAGAUGUAGAAGAUGAAGAACUUACAAGAAUAUUUGUUAUGAUACCAAAGUCCUACACAGAAGAAGAUCUACGGGAAAAAUUUAAGGUGUAUGGAGAUAUCGAGUAUUGCAGCAUUAUUAAGAAUAAAAUGACUGGAGAAAGUAAAGGUUUGGGCUAUGUUCGAUACUUAAAACCAUCACAAGCUGCCCAAGCAAUAGAAAACUGUGAUCGAAGUUUUAGGGCAAUCUUGGCUGAACCCAAAAAUAAAGCAUCUGAAUCCUCAGAACAAGAUUAUUAUAGUAAUAUGAGGCAGGAGACUUUGGGACAUGAACCUAGAAUAAAUAUGUUUCCAUUUGAGCAACAACCUGAAUUUUCAAAUUUUGACAAGAAUGACAACAGAGGCCAAGAAGCUAUCUCCAAACGCCUGUCAGUUGUAUCAAGAGUUCCUUUCACUGAAGAGCAGCUUUUCAGCAUUUUUGAUAUAGUACCAGGAUUGGAAUAUUGUGAAGUUCAACGAGAUCCUUAUUCAAGCUAUGGUCAUGGAGUGGUUCAGUAUUUCAAUGUAGCAUCAGCUAUUUAUGCAAAAUACAAGUUACAUGGAUUUCAGUACCCUCCUGGAAAUCGGAUAGGUGUUUCUUUCAUUGAUGAUGGGAAUAAUGCCACAGAUCUCCUUAGAAAAAUGGCAACACAGAUGGUAGCUGCACAGCUUGCAUCAAUGGUGUGGAAUAACCCAAGUCAGCAGCAAUUUCUGCAGCAAUUUGGAGGAAGUUCUGGAUCACAGUUGCCUCAAAUCCAGACAGAUGUUGUACUUCCGUCAUGCAAAAAAAAAGCCCCUCCUGAAACUUCUGUGAAAGAAAGACUGUUUAUCGUGUUUAACCCUCAUCCUUUACCUUUAGAUGUAUUAGAGGAUAUAUUCUGUCGUUUUGGUAACCUGAUCGAAGUUUACCUUGUGUCAGGAAAAAAUGUGGGGUAUGCGAAGUAUGCAGAUAGAAUAAGUGCUAAUGAUGCGAUUAGUACUUUACAUGGAAAGAUCCUGAAUGGAGUCAGACUUAAAGUUAUGCUGGCAGAUUCCCCACGUGAAGAAUCUAAUAAACGGCAAAGAACUUAUUGAUUCUUGAG